AUGUUUCAUUUCUUUCUCUCUACAGAUAUGUUUCGCGAACAUUCAAGUAUUUUUCAUUCGUUUACGCGUAUCCUUAAGGCCGUGCAUGUCAAUAACAUCCAUAUUUACACUUGUCUACUGAAACAUAUUCGUCUCUCUUUUCUCAUAGAAAAAGAGAUAUGUCUCUCUUUAUACUUUUGCAAAGAAAACAUUUUAUCUCUCUUUCCCAUAGAGAAACCGAUGUGUCUCUCUAAACUCGUAAAAACCGAUGUUUCUCUCUUCACUCGUGUAAUGAAACAUCGUUAUCUCUCUUUUCUCAUAGAGAAAUAUGUCUCUCUUUAUAAUUCUGUAAACAUUUUAUCUCUCUUUCCCAUAGAGAAACCGAUGUGUCUCUCUAAACUCGUAAAAACCGAUGUUUCUCUCUUCACUCGUGUAAGAAAGCAUCGUUAUCUCUCUUUUCUCAUGGAGAAAGAGGUAUGUCUCUCUUUAUACUUUUGUAAAGAAAACAGUUUAUCUCUCUUUCCCAUAGAAAAAUCGAUGUUAUCUCUCUACACUCGUUUAAGGAAACAUCGUUAUCUCUCUUUUCUCACAGAGAAAGAGAUAUGUCUCUCUUUAUACUUUUGUAAAGAAAACAGUACCUCUCUCUUUCCCAUAGAGAGACCGAUGUGCCUCUCUACACUCGUAUUAACAUAUAUGUCUCUCUUUCCCAUAGUGGAAGGAGGCAGGUUUAUUUCUGUUUUCCCAUACAGAAACAGAUGUGUCUCUCCUUCUGAUUGUAGAGAGAAACCGAUAUGUCUUUUUUUUUCAAUUUAUGUAAGUAUACAUGUUUAUGCCUCUUCUCCCAUAGUGAAACAGAUAUGUAUCUCUUUCCAUUUGAGCAAGGGAACAUGUUUAUCUAUGCCUUCCGUUAGAAAAACAGAUAUGUCUCCCUCUCUAGUUAUCCUCUAUCUCUGUCUUCACAUAGAGAAACAUAUAUGUCUCUCUCUAUGUCUGUCUUUACUCUUGUUUACGGAAACAUCUUUAUCUCUCUUUUCCCAUAGAGAAACCGAUAUUUAUUUCAUUUUUGCCAUAGAGAAACCAAAAAACAUAUAUGUCUCUCUUUCUGAUUGUAAGGAAACUUUAUCUCUGUCUUCCGAUAGAAAAACCGAUAUGCCUCUCUCUCUCUCCAGCUGUGUAAGGAGACAUCUUUAUAUUUCCUUUCCCGUAGAGAUACCGAUAUGUCUCUCUUUCUAA